AAAGCUCCCGCUUUCGCUAAAAGCCGCCACUAACGCUGCCCAUCUCAUUUAAAGUCGAGCCUUUGAACCUCUCCGGCCUCUAGACAUCACGCUCUCUCUCUCUCUUCGCUCUCUAUAACCGCUAUUCGCACUCUUCACAAUGGCUGAUUCUCUUACCGAAGAGCAGGUCUCUGAGUUCAAGGAGGCCUUCUCCCUCUUUGACAAGGACGGCGAUGGCCAGAUCACCACCAAGGAGUUGGGCACCGUGAUGCGCUCUCUCGGCCAGAACCCUUCCGAGUCGGAGCUGCAGGACAUGAUCAACGAGGUUGACGCCGACAACAACGGCUCCAUCGACUUCCCUGAAUUUCUCACCAUGAUGGCACGAAAAAUGAAGGACACCGAUUCCGAGGAGGAGAUCCGGGAGGCAUUCAAGGUCUUUGACCGCGACAACAACGGCUUCAUCUCUGCUGCUGAGCUGCGCCACGUCAUGACCUCCAUCGGCGAGAAGCUGACCGACGACGAGGUCGACGAGAUGAUCCGCGAGGCCGACCAGGACGGCGAUGGCCGAAUCGACUACAACGAGUUUGUCCAGCUCAUGAUGCAGAAAUAAGGGGUCACGUCUGGAGUUUUUUUGCGGCUACGCCAUCUAUCCGGCCUCAUCAGGGGCCAUGGAUGGUGGCUGACCCGUACGGCGAGUUCAGGUUGUUGGCACGCACAGAAAUGUUGUUUAAAAUUCACUUAGUCGACUUUUGUUCCUUAUACUACUGUCAAAUCUACGAGCGGUUCUCGUUCACGGCAUGUUUAGAGUGGUGAUGUUUUUUUUGUCUUUGUGGCAGCAGUCGAGGUGCUAGGUAGAUACCCUAGACCGUUUGAAGCAUUCCGUUGAAGCAUCAGUCAGAUGCUUUUGAGGC